AUGUCUAAUAAUAAUAAUAGUAAUAAUAAUAGUAAUACAUUUGGUACUGCAACAGGGAUAUCAAUGUUAUCAAAUGGUAUAUCACAAGCACAAUUCAAUUCAAUAUUUGAUAUAGGAGAUGAUGAUAUGGUUGGUACUGGUGGAGGUGGUGGAGGAGGUGGUGCUGGGGGAUGGGAUAAUCUAUUCGAUGGUAAUGGUGAUGGUGAUGAGGAUUCUGAUCAAACAAGUGGACAAACAGAAUACUCGCUAAGAGAUUGUAUUAUAUUCUUGAUUGAUUGUUCUAAAUCAAUGUUUCUACCAAACCCAUCAACCGGUGAAAUACCUUUUAAAAAUGCAAUCAAAUGUUUAAUUCAAACUAUCACUGAUAAGAUCAUAACUUCUGAAUCUGAUUUAAUUGGUUUAUGUUUAUUUGGUACUGAUAAGAAUAAGAAUUUAAAUGAUUUUGAAAAUAUAUAUGUAAUGAGUGAUUUGGAUACACCUGAUCCAAAAUUGAUCCUUCAAAUUGAAGAUAUAUUGGCAGGUGAUUUGGGUAGUUUUGGUGGCAGUGCUAAAAAGGAAUUUGCAUUUGGUGAUGUUUUAUGGACUUGUUCAACCAUGUUUUCAAAUUGUAAUGUGAAAAUAGCACAUAAAAGAAUAUUUUUAUUUACAAAUGAAGAUAAUCCAAAUCAAGGAAAUGAUAAUUUGAGGACAAUUAGUUUUCAACGUGCAAAAGAUUUGUCAGAUUUGGGAAUCGAGAUUGAAUUGUUUGCAAUGAACAAGAAUGAAGACGACGAUACAUUUGAUUUUGGAAAGUUUUAUCAAAACAUUAUCUUUUAUCAAGACGGUGAAUACAUUGACAAGAUUGAUGCAUCGAGUAAAUUUGAAGCAUUACGAGCUCGAUUGAAAAGAAAAGAGUUUAAAAAGCGAUCACUUGGAAAGAUUCCAUUCUAUAUUGGCAAUAAUCCAAAUACAGUACCGAUUGCUUGUCAAAUCUACUAUUAUGGAGGUGAACCAGUAGUCUUUUCAAAGGAAGAGGUUGAAAAGAUUAAAUCGAUCGAUCGUCAGGGCAUGGUGUUGAUGGGGUUCAAGCCGGCCAACACCAUCAAGCGACAACAAACUAUCAAACACAUGUCAUUCCUAUUUCCCGAUGAAAAGACUGUCAAGGGAUCGACUGUCACUCUCAACGCUCUGAUUGACAAGAUGAUCGAGCUUGACCGUGUCGCUAUUUGUAAAUUCCUUCCUCGUGCAGGCACUCUUCCUCGUAUGGUCGCCUUAAUCGCUCAAGAAGAGAUCAUCAACCCAAAGGAUUCAACUCAAAUUCAAUCAAGAGGAUUCAAUGUCUUUUAUCUUCCCUAUGCUGAUGAUAUCCGUCAAUUCCAAUUCAAUACAACAACCAAAGCAAAUGAAAAACAAAUUGAUGCUGCAAAGAAAAUUAUUAAAACUUUUAAAAUUAAUUAUAAUGAUCAAUCUUUUUUAAAUCCUGGAUUACAAAAACAUUAUAAUAGUUUACAAGCAAUUGCAUUGGAAAGAGAUAAAGUUGAAGAUGUUAAAGAUACUAUAUUACCAAAUGAAGACAACUUUUCACAAAAUGUAGACGUAUUAAAAGAUUAUCAAAAAUUGGUAUUUUCAAGUGACUAUAAAGUCUCUGCAAGUUCCUCUUUAUCAUCUGCAGCAUCAAAGAAAAGAGAUAGAGAGGGUAAAGGAAUUGGUGAUUAUGAUUGGGUUGAAUUGGCUCAAUCUGGUGGUAUUGCAAAACUGACCAUUCCAGAACUAUCUGAAUUCUUAAAGAAUCAAGGUCAAAAGACACCAAGUAAAUUUAAAAAGGCUGAUUUAGUUUCACUUGCAACCAACUUUGUAAAUGGUGGAAAGAUUGAUUUUACAAAAUUAUCUAAAUUAAAAUCAUCUGAUGAUGGUAAUAGUAAUAGUAAUAGUAGUACUCCAACUUUAACUUCAACAAAAUCUACCAAUUCUGACACUGCAGCAGCAGGAUCACUUUAUGGAAAACAUACAGAUGAAGAAGAAAAUAAGAGACCAACUAAAAAAGUUAAACAACCAACAACUAGUACUAGUACUACUAGUACAACUUCAACAGCUGCAUCUUCUAAAAAGAAUAUAGUAUCAAUUAUAGAUGACGAUGAUGAUAUUAUGAUGAAACCAGUUGAUCCAGAUGAUUCAGAUGAUGAUUUAGUUUUCCGCAAAACUUCAACUUCAACUACAACUACAACUACUAAUAAUAAUAAUAAUAAUAAUAAUGAUGAUUCAACAAAAAAAUCAGGAUUAAGUUCUGAUUCAUUCCCUUCAUAUCCAGCAUCAUUUGGAGAUAGAAAUGGUGGUAGUUUUGGAUCAGCCGAUAUUUAUUCUCAACCAAGUCAAUCUCAAGCACCUAGUAGUGGUAGUUUUAAUAUUGGACAUCCAACCAAACCAAUGUGUAAAUAUGGAGCAGCUUGUUAUAGAAAGAAUGCUGAUCAUUUAAAGGAAUUUAAUCAUCCAAAAAAAUAA